AUGAAGUAUUUGAGGGUCAAAUAUGCAUUCUACUAUAGUGAAAGAGAAGGCGAUGAAUUGGUGGAUAAAGUAACUCGAUCUGUGAAAAGUUUGAUUAAGGAUUACAGUAUCCUGGAUGAGAAAAGUGAUGGGGCAAAUGACAAGGGUGAGUCUAAAAGGGUUGACGAGAACACUCACAUUGAUGAUGAUGUUGAUGUUGAUGAUUUCUUUCUGGAAGAAGAAAACCAACAAAAGGCAGCUACUAAAGAUGAAUUUGAUCGGUACUUGGAGGAGUUUUCUGAAAAGUAUAGACCUGAUUUUGAUAUUUUGGCUUGGUGGAAAGUUAAAUCGGUUAGGAGUUCUUUAACUCCUACUACAGCCGAAGUGCUUAUUUGUUGCCAAGAUUGGCUACGAAAUGCCAAGUCACCUAAAGAAGUCGAAGAAGGUAUAGAAUAUCUUGAGAAUCUCGAGACGGAUGCAAUGCAAGAUUCGAAUAUUAAGGGAAGCUUACUUUCACGGACAUCUUUGGAUAUUUGA